CUCCACGCUUGCAUGUCCUCUCGACGCGCUCAACAUGUGAAUAUUCUCAUUUUCCCUCGCUUUGCCUGUUUAACACCCAUUUGAGAAUGCUUCAAUGCAGCUCUCGCGCCUUUUCUUUCGCAUUGCCCUGCUCUUUGCGCCGCUAGCCCUUCUCAGCACAACAUGGCUCUACUUCUAUCCCAGCUUCGACCACCGUUGCGCCUUUCCCUCGCCUCCCGCUACCCACGCUCACGCCACUGCACCGUUCAGGCUCCUCGCUCUCGGUGACCCGCAACUCGAAGGCGACUCGUCACUACCUGAUCCCCAUGCGCGCAUCUUCCCCUCUGUCGAGGAUCUCGUGCCCCAUCUUCGCAAUGCGACGACCCUGGACGAAACGAGAAGUAUCGUGACGGAAGCAGUAAAUGGGGUAGGAAAAGAUGCUAUGAGAUGGCUAGAGGGCAAGAGAAAGGCGGUUGAUCUGUGGGGCAAUGAUUGGUAUCUUGCUCAUAUUGUGAGGACACUGAGGUGGUGGACGGAGCCGACGCAUGUUAGUGUGCUGGGGGACUUGCUGGGCAGCCAGUGGGUUACUGAUGGGGAGUUUGAGAAGAGAGCUGGACGGUAUUGGAAUGUUGUUAUGAGGGGGUUGGAGAAGGUGCCGGAUUAUAUCUUUGGUGUUGAAGAGAUUGAUAGGCGGGGAGGUGCACGGGAUGAGACGGUGCGUGAUGAUGCGAGUACAGAAGAUGAGGUGGAGGUGGAAGACCAGAGGAAGGCAGAGGAAGGAGAACAAAGCAAAUCAGACGGAGAAGAACACCGCACGGCAGAGGAAGGAGAACAGAGCAAGCCAGAAAGGAAGCCGGCGUGGGGAGGCACAACAGAAGUCCUGGGUGCAGACAAGAGCUGGGAGAAGCGCAUCAUCAACAUCGCCGGAAACCACGAUGUCGGAUAUGCUGGAGACAUAGACGAGUCACGCAUUGAGCGAUUUGAAAAGGCUUUUGGGAGCGUCAACUGGGACAUAUGGUUUACUCUUCCAGAUGGCUAUGCAUCCGCUACAGCCACAGAAGAUUCGACCACGACCGACCCGCCACCUGCCCUCCGCCUCGUAAUUCUCAACUCCAUGAACCUCGACACCCCUGCUUGGUCAGAGGAACUCCAAACCGAGACGUACUCUUUCAUGAAUCACAUUAUUGCGAAUUCACGCUCUAUAACCGACAAAACACAUGCCACCAUCCUGCUCACUCACAUCCCAUUCGAGAAAGAAUCUGGCAUUUGUGUCGACAGCCCGUUCUUCGACUUCUUCGAAGACGGCCAAGGUGUCAAGGAGCAGAACAUGUUGAGCGAUCAUGCGGGUAAGAUUAUUUUGGAGGGCAUCUUCGGGAUGAGUGAGAAUAGAUAUGCGGCAGGCGGGGGGCUUGGUAGGACGGGGAUUGUGGUCAAUGGUCAUGACCAUGAGGGAUGUGAUGUUUUGCAUUGGAUUAGGCAGACUGGGGUGGAGGGUGGAUGCCAGGCAGAUAGCAUCAAGAGGGAGGAAGCAUACUGGCCUGCGGUUGCCGUUACGCUGAACGACAGUAUGCCCAUUCCCUCUGCCGAUGUAGACGAUAUCGAUGUCGAUGCAGUGUCACUCAACGAGACCGAACCUGCAACCACGAGCAGCGACGAAGCCAGCGAGACCGCAUCCUCCGAACCGAGUACAGAGCCUACAGCAGAAUCACCAGAACCAGACGCAUCACCCAAAUGGAAGGCUCGCCGCUUCCCGCCGCUUCGUUACGAUAUCAACGAGAAGAACGAGUGUACGACAAUCAACGACGCACCGCACAUCCGCGAAAUCACGCUUCGUAGCAUGAUGGGCGAAUUUUCCGGCUAUGCCGGCUUCCUCUCUGCAUGGUUUGACCCCUCAAUGGGCGAUAAAGGCGAGUGGGUGUUUGGAUUUGCAAGCUGUGGAGUAGGCGUGCAGCAUUGGUGGUGGGGCAUCCACAUUCUAGAUCUGGUUUUGCUCGUGUUAUUCGUAAUCGCGGGUGUGCUGAGGAUUGUUGAGAGCUUCCUACAGGAGGGUCAGCUGAGAAAAGAAAAAGAAAUUCGCGAGAAGGAGAAGGUGGGAGUAAUACGCAAGACGAAGACUACGGCCGAUCAGUAGACAAGACAGAGAUGAUUGUUUGUAAGUUUUGCAUAAGCAUACGAGCGCGGCGUUCACGGCAUGUGUUGGAUGAAUAGACGCGCGAUUAUAUACAAGUACCAUUGUACCUCAGUGGCAUCGUUACCUUGUUCACAUGUACACAUCGCUAUGCGAAAGGGACCAACUUAAUCGCAUGUGGGGAGGAACUACCGCAGUGCAAGACACCACAAUCUACACUUUACUAAUCACCAACUCUCCCUAGUCUCGACUUCCGUCCAAGCCUCCAAGACGUCAAAACACAACAAAAAAACAGAGUCUCUAAUGCCUCUUAAUUCGAUACAUUUCAAGGACGACAUAAAGUGACACGAAAGAGAAGAUACAUGGC